AUGUGGCGGUUGAUUGGUUUGGCGGCUCUUCUUCUUUACGUAGAAUCGACUCGGGAAAGAACGACUCCAUACAAUUGGCAGAUGGGAAAGGACUUUGAUAGCUAUGAUAAGUGUAUUCGCAACCUCGCCAACACCACCAAUGUGGCAUCCGAAGUGUUAUUGGUGAGGCGUAAUGGAGUGGCGCUGUUGAACUGCUUCCCAUGUUUAUAUCCGGAGGAUGAACUAUUUGUGCGCGAAGUUUUCAAGGCUGACAAGAGCAAAUCGGAGCAGUUUUUUGGCAAUUUUCUUUCGCAUGCUAAAACCUUACUUUUGGGACAUCAGGGGCCGAAUUUGGAUAGGUGGAAAAACGAAUGGUUCUUUCUUUUUGUCGGAAAGCAACAAUGGACGCAGCUAACGAACAAUUAUCCAUCGCCAAAUAUAGGAAUUCAUAUUGAGCCGAAAAAGCUGGUUAAAAUAAUCCUUGGAUUGGGCUCUGGGGUGAAAUAUGGUCAAGGGAGCGCCUAUCAACUACGGAUAAGCAACGUUUCGAGAGAAGAUAUUGGAUAUUACAAAUGUGCUCGUUCUGGACGUGUUUCUAUUGAUGGAACGGCCGGCAACAUUGAGAACAUGUAUUUUCUUGACAUUUUCGUCGAUCGAGAAGAAAAAGUACAGGACUUCCUUGAUAAAAACGUCACUAAAACACCCGAAGAGAAAGCAAUGGAACGAGACUUUAGCGAAGUGAAAACGAUUGCAAAGGCAACUCCUUGGUCUCGCUGCAAUAAAUGUGGAAACAAAAUUGGAGAAGCCGUGCGCACCGUUGAAUGCCAUUUUAUUCCAUCAGUGCCGCUUGAUGAUCUCCCACCUCGAUGGAAACAUCUGCGACUUUUCCGAUCGAUUCCUUGCUCUUCGACUCUUGUUCCAAUCGAGUAUAUCGAAUGCGAAUCUGAAGAGCAUGCAGCAAGAAUAUUCCGGGCACGUGAUCAAUUUGGAAAAAGCUCGCUAUUAGAGACAAUCCCUGGUGGAGAGUACGUGUUCGGUGAGCUGUUGCCACGUCUUAAAUCACCGGUUCAUCGACAAAUUAUGAACGUCUACAAUGGGGACGAAGUGAUUCUACCAUGUAAAUUUGAGCAAGACUACAAGGGAUAUUUCUGGAUGGCCAAUUAUGCUGGUGAUCUCACAACUAGGGUACUUCCUGAAAAAAAGCAGAACAGAGCUUUUAUUGAUGGGGCUUUCAAUUUGGUUUUUAAAUCUAUUACACAUGAAGAUCAAGAUGAGUAUAGAUGUGUCGAUGAAAAUGGGCAUCUAGUUGCUGUUUAUUACGUGAAUAUCGGAAAAACGGAGAAAGAAAUCGAGAUUUUGAAAGUUAGCCAAAUGCUCACACAGUUUUUUUCGUUUGUUCUCGUCCUCAUUUUGCUGUUCAAGAUCGUCCAACGGGAUUGC